GGGCAUUUUUAUUGAAACAUGUCAGCUACUCCAUAUUACCUGACUAACAUGUUUAACUAGUCCUGUGCCUCAGUGAAACACCUGUUAAUUCAUUCAUUGCAUCCUUCAACAAGACCAGCCCUCUUGCUUGCAACUAGUCGAUACUGGUGUGAAGUGUACUACACAUCUUCCACAGAAAACUGUCUUCAUUGCAUAGAUGAAACCAGAAUAUUUCAUACUCUUUACGCACAAGUGUUCGUCUCAUCGAUGUACAGGGUAAGAUGGAUAUUAUGAAGGCAGAUGAAAAGAAAGAUGACUUUGAGGAAGAUGGGACUGACUCUGAAAAUGAGAUUGAUUCUGUACUGGAUUCAUCCACUGGCUAUGCACCGCACGAUAAACUAUAUGAAAACUUGCAGAAUCUGGCAGAAACCAGUUUAAAUUCAUCAACAAACUUAAAUGUGUCAGAGGAACUGCGCAUCAUGUUACUGGGAGCGAGAGGGUCUGGAAAAAGCUCAACAGGAAACACCAUCCUGGCGUACAACGCAUUUAAAUCAGACAUGCAGUUGAGCAGAGUCACACAAUUCUGUGACAAAGCAUCUGGAAACAUCGGUGGUCGACCUGUGGCCAUAAUCGACACGCCGGGACUGAAUAUAAUUGGCAGUACUGAGAAAGAAGUGACCCGAGAGAUCCUAAAGUCCAUCUCUCUCUAUUCUCCAGGACCGCAUGUGUUUCUGCUGGUCAUGCCUGUGGGGAACUUAACUAAUGAUGAUAAAAGCAUGCAUAAGCUGAUCGAGAGCAUGUUUGGGGAGAGAAUCUGGCAGUACACGAUCAUUGUGUUCACUCACGGGGAUCGUCUGGAGGGGAAAGCGGCGAAUGAUGUGAUUGCAUGUUCAGACAUAGAGCUACGCGAAUUCAUCCAUAAAUGCAGUGGUGGCUUUCAUUUCUUUAACAACAAGGACGCUACAAACGACGAGUCUGUUAUAGACCUUUUGAAGAAAGUGGAGACUCUGGUAGCCAUCAAUGGAAAAAGCUGCUACACAUCGUCUUUCUACCCAGCCACAGAGAGGAAGAUCAGGAAGAAGAUGGAGAAACUUUUAGAGAAAAGGAAGGAGCAGAUUGUGCAGAUGGAGAGGGAGACAGUGGUGCGUUGCAAAACCGAGCAGGAGGUGGAGAGGAAAAAGCGGGAACUCUGGAGAAAGGAAGAAGACAAUGCAAGAAGAAAGGCUGAGAAAAAGUCUGUCAAACACUUAGGCCGAAAAGGUUCCACCUAGAAGUUCUUGCACUUCAGUGUUUUGAGAGCAUUUAUUUGCCUGUGUUUAAUAUUCUAUAAUGUAAGAAAUGGACAUAAAUAUUGAAUAGAAAGAUUAUUAAUAAGUGCUAUUACUAUUAUUUAAUGUAUGUGAGUGCAAUAUUAGUUUUUUAAAGAUAUACCCAAUAAAAUGUGAAAAUAGGUAUUAUGUACAGUAGUGGCAUAAAUAAGCACACCCCUUCACAG